AUGGCGACCGAGGCUGCUCCUGUCAAUGGCUUGUAUCAGUACAGCCAGCCAGCAGAACUUGCAGCUUCUACACCUUCUGCACCGACUCAUGCCGCUUCUGCCUCGCAGUCCACUACAACCUCUACUGCAGCUCAAAAGGCAGACCCGCAAGAGAUUGGUUGGUAUUUUGUCGAACAGUAUUACACGACCUUGUCCAAAAGCCCUGAAAAAAUACACCUGUUUUACUCCAAGAAAUCUCAACUUGUUACUGGUAUUGAAGCCGAUAAGGUCGUUCCUGCUGUUGGCACAAAGGCCAUCAGCGAGAAGAUCAAAGCUCUCGAAUUCCAAGACUGCAAAGUUCGCGUCCUUAAUGUUGACUCCCAAUCUUCCUUCUCAAACAUCGUCGUCCAAGUGAUUGGCGAGAUGUCAAAUAAGUCUGAACCGCACCACAAGUUUGUUCAAACUUUUGUCCUUGCUGAGCAACCAAAUGGCUACUUUGUAUUGAAUGACAUCUUCCGAUAUCUUAAGGACGAAGAGGAUGAGAUUGUUGAUGAUGAGCCCACCCGGCCAGAAGUCCCUGCUGAGGAGCCUCCUACCCCAGCUGAUGUGCAGGUGAAUGUUGAAGAGCACGCUGACGCAGUCGUGGUCACUGAACCUGCUGCGGAGCGAGUUGAUGAAAAGCUCGAAGAGCAGAAGGCUGCGGUGGAUGAACCAGAAUCUACCGAAGUCAAUGGCGCUCUUGUUCCCUCCAGUGCUGAGGAAUCGGUCACUGUUCCAGAGAGUUCUACCACCACCGAAGAGACUGUGGGACAAAGUACUGCGUCAGCUGCCGAUGAACAACCUGCAGAACCAGAGCCUGCCGCAGCUCCAACUGCGUCCGCUGAGACUGCUCCUUCGGCAGCCCCUGAAGCUCCUCCAGCCAAGAAGACCUGGGCAAGCAUGCUUGGUGGGGGAGGCGUAAAAGCACCUGCUAUUCCUGCUCUUCCAGUUUCCACCCCUGCUGGUCAACCUAAAGCCUCCCGUCAAGCCCAAACUUCUCAGGCUUCCAAGGCGGCAGUGGAUACUACUGUCCCCGCCGCCAACACUGCUAGCAGUACUCCAACCUCGCAGAGCAAUGGAUGGCAGACAGCUGAUCACAGCAAGAAAGGAAAGGCCGGACAGGGCAAGCCUUCCGAGGGUUUGGUCCUUGCGUAUAUCAAGAAUGUGAAUGAGAAGGUCGAUGCCCGAAUUUUACGGGAGGUUUUGGAGAGUUUUGGCGAGCUCAAGUACUUUGAUGUCUCGCGACAACGAAACUGUGCCUUUGUCGAAUUCGCCGACCCAACUGGUUACACUGCUGCUGUUGCUGCCAACCCUCACACUGUAGGCACGGAGCAAAUUUCCGUUGAAGAGCGUCGACCUCGUCCCAACGCAUACGGCGGCAGCAACGUGGCUUUCACCAAUACUACGAACAACAAUACCCGUGGCAACGGCAAUGCCGGACGUGGUGGCGCUCGAGGCAACUUCCAAGGCCCACGGUCCGGUAGUCAGACCAACUUCCCCAAAGACGCAGGACGUGGCACUUUUCAACCUAGAGGGGGGAAAUCCGGACGCGGCCAGACCCAGACUGCUUAA